CAAUUACUCGCGGUGGCCACAGAACAUACAUCUAUUAGUUGAGUGUUCCUAUUCAAACAAAUCCCCUCGUUGUGUUUCGUUUCUUUAACAUUGUGGGUUUUUUCUUUCUUUCUUAAAUUGUUGACAUUUUACCGUUUUUCUGACACAUUAAGGGUGACUGAUUAUGAGGGGCUACAAUAAUGCCGUUACAAUUUUUUACUUAUACGGUUUUUAACUGUAUUUUAAAUUUCAGUGCAUAAUAACGAAAAUAAAAACGAUCAAUUAAAAAGAGAAAAUUAAUAGAACAUGUAGAACGAAUGGCAGUACAAUUAACAAAAAAUGACAAUUUAAAACACACGAAAAGAGUUUGACGUUAAUGAAACCGACCCGCGUGUCCACACGAUAUUGUAGAGCUCAGUACUUUUGUAUAGUGGCGCUUGAGUAAUGACUUUCCACCCCAUAGCUGUGGAUGUCUGUUGUGACGAGUCUACUAUCUAUUUAUCUGAUACUAGGGGACACACCAAACAAGAAAAAUGAUUCCGCUUCCUUCAAAUUUAGUGCCAACAAUUGUAAUAUUUUUAUUGGCCACCGGAUUGUGUCUACAAACACGUUCAAAAAAUGUUAUUCUACAAGAUGAAAUAAGCAUGGUGCCUGCUGUUGAAGGGGAUCGAUUGUACAUUAAAUGCGAUGUACCCGAAUCAAUAAAAAUUGACAAAGUAUUGUGGAAAAAAGAUUCAGAUGAUGAAACAUUCACCGACUCCCCAAAUAGAAUAACAAGAAAAUCUCAAUGGUUGCGUUUUAAACACUUAAAAUUUGCCGAUGAAGGACAAUAUUCGUGUUUCAUAAGUGGUUCCUCAAGUGAAAGAAUUUAUGAAAAAUGGCACAAUUUUACAUUAACUGUAUCAAAAAGAUCUGAAGAAUCAAGUAUUGGUAAACAAUCGAAAUCUCCUCAAAGUCUUUCACAUCGAAAAGUUGGUACUAAACCAAAAUUCAUCGACAAACCCCACUUGGACAAUAAUAUAAUGCUCUUAUUAGAUGAAACCCGUACUAUAAGUUGUCCAUUUGAAAGCACAUCACCAGUUGUUUUUACUUGGUUUAAAAACGAUGAAAUCAUUGUCCAAGGAGACGUAGAUGUAGCUAACUAUACCCUGAAACGAGUAAAAAUAAAUGACUCGGGUAAUUUCACAUGUGUAAUCAAGAACGAUUUCGGAUCAAUUCAACAUAAAUUUAACAUUGCAGUAUAUAAGGAAAGAAGUGAACUUCCAAUAUUAGCUGAAUCGCCACAAAAUUUAACAUUAAAAUUGGGUGAAACAGCAUGGUUUGUUUGUAAAGCAUCUAAUCCUCAAUUAACAACAAAAAUUGACUGGUACUUUUUAAAUAAUAGUAGCCCAGAAGAGAUUAAAAUAGAAGAUCUCCGUCGUAUCAAAAAAGUAAAGUCGUCUAAUGGCGUAUUGAUUCUUGAUGAAAUGACUGAGAAUGAUAUUGGAUGGUACGCGUGUAGUUUAAAUGGGCCAAAAACUCGUAUUUUGUCAGGAGCUAGAUUAGAUUUAAUUAAUGAAGCUGAUGAAGUUGAAACCAUUGAUGGCUUAAAAAAAACUGGAUUUUUUAAUGAUACCGAAAAGUUAAUGGCACCAAAAUUCACUAAAUUUGAAAAUAUGCAUAAAGUUAUUGCUAAACCAGCAGGAAAUAUGUUGAAAUUAAAAUGCGCGGCAGAAGGAAAUCCAUUGCCAAAUAUAACUUGGUUUAAGGAUGGUAUCAAUCCGCCUCAACGUAAACUUGGUAUCAUUAGGUACUCACAAUGGGCAAUUGUAUUAGAAGAUUUAGUAACAACAGAUUCUGGAAAUUACACAUGCAAUGUAUGUAACGAAUACGGAUGCAUCGAUUUCACAUACAAAGUUGAAGUUAUCGAAAGAUUUCCACAUAAGCCCUAUAUAAAAGAAGGGCAGCCACAUAAUGCCACCGUGUUGGUCUCUGGGAACGUUACGUUUGAGUGUACACCUUUGGCUGAUCUCGAACCACACAUGCAGUGGUUUUUUCACAAUGCUAGUGUGGUUAAUGUGCACGAUGAAAAUUUAAAUAACGGCACUGUUAUUCAGAAUGGUGCAUAUGAAGAAGGAUAUCCAGAAAUUUUACAACUCUUCAACGUAACACAUUUAGACGAAGGAUGGUAUACCUGUGUAGCUGGUAAUAGUUUAGGUAUUACAUAUGCCAGUGCUUAUUUAAAAGUAGUGGAUGAAUUGGAGGAAGCACCAGUAAAAGUUCAAGCUUUACAGAUACAUACUUAUCAUUUGGCUUCGCUAGGCGUCGGUUUCUUAUUUGUAAUUUCAGUAUGUAUUGCAUUGUUGGUAUGUAGUCAGAGAAAAAGAGAAAAACUGAAAGAAUUGGUUGCGAGAGAAUCGGCUAGAAAUGCUAUGAUAACUCAGUGGACCAAAAAAAUCAUUAUCGAGAAACAACAAAUGGCCGAUGCUAGUGACCCACUGCUCAUGCCGGUUGUAAAAAUUGAAAAACAAAAAAGCAAAUACACAAAAUUACAAAAUCAAACGUGCUUGUCAGAGUACGAGUUGCCAUUAGAUCCAUGUUGGGAGUUUUCUAGAAGUAAUCUCUCAUUAAGUAAAACUUUGGGAGAAGGCGCUUUUGGAAAAGUUUUGAGGGGUGAAGCAGAUGGAAUAUUAUGUGAUAACGUUAUAACUACUGUAGCUGUAAAAAUGUUGAAAGAUGGGCAUACUGAUACAGAAAUGAUGGAUCUGGUAUCUGAAAUGGAAAUGAUGAAGAUGAUCGGUAAACAUGUAAAUAUAAUUAAUUUACUUGGAUGUUGUACACAAGAUGGACCAUUAUACGUGUUAGUUGAAUUUGCAUUACAUGGUAAUUUGAGAGAUUUUUUGAGGCAACAUAGGCCGUCAUCCGGGUAUGAACCUGCAAUUGGAUCCAACUUGAAAGAUACUUUAACUCAAAAAGAUCUGGUAUCAUUUGCUUAUCAAAUAGCUAGAGGAAUGGAAUAUUUGGCUUCCAGAAAGUGUAUUCACAGAGAUUUAGCUGCUAGAAAUGUGUUGGUCAGUGAAGAUUAUGUAAUGAAAAUUGCGGACUUUGGCUUAGCAAGGGAUGUACAAAACCAAGAGUAUUAUAGAAAAACAACUGACGGAAGACUUCCAGUAAAAUGGAUGGCUCCUGAAGCUUUAUUUCAUAGAGUAUAUACAACACAGUCUGAUGUGUGGUCUUACGGAGUACUAUUGUGGGAGAUAAUGACUCUAGGAGGAACACCCUAUCCUUCAGUACCAAAUAUGGAACAAUUAUUCAAUUUGCUCCAAAGUGGACAUCGAAUGGAAAAACCAUCAUGCUGUUCUUUAGAAAUAUAUAUGAUAAUGAGAGACUGCUGGAGUUAUCAUCCAAACGAGCGUCCUAUGUUUGAAGAACUAGUAGAAAGCUUAGAUCAAAUUCUUUCAGUCACAGCAAACCAAGAAUACGUAGACUUUGGUUUGCCUCAACUUGACACACCGCCUACUAGCCAAGAAUCUUUUGAUGAAGAAGCGUUAAUGAAUUUUGCCGUAUGAUAGUCAUUUUAAAUAUGUAACUUCUGAGGUUACACUAGUUUUACAGUGUUAUUACCAGUAUUCACAAAUUAAGUUUGAAUUUUAAAAUUUGAAAUUUGAAUUGUAAAUUUUACAAUAGGUCCAAAAAUGUUGUAAAAGAUAGAUGCCAAAUUAGUAUUUUUAAUGGAGUUACACGUGUCACGCGUACUAAACACCAAAAUGUAAAUAAUUAUAAAUAAUAGUCGUUUUAAUUGUUAAAUAGUUUUUUUGAACUGAAAAAUCGUUUUUACUUUAAUAUUAUAUAUUAUUUCUAUUUUACUUUAUGUUUAAGGAAACGGGGGUACAGAAUAAUAGUUCCUCGCUGAAAAAGGGGAAAUGUAGAUUAAU